AUGAUUGCGAAGACGGCAGUUCUAACACUACUGACCCUUCAGUAUGUUUGGUCGCACCCAGAACAUCCAAUUGUUAAUACGCCUCUAGGAACUAUAAAAGGCACGACGCUAACCAGCAGGCUCGGAAAAGAUAUUUUCUCGUUUCUGGGAAUAAAGUAUGCUGAGCCACCAGUUGACGAAUUGAGAUUCAAGCCACCUGUACCAAUCGAAAAAUAUGAGGGUACCUAUGAUGCAACCAAAGAUGGUCCAAUAUGCCCACAACCGGUUGUUAAACCAAUCAUAUCUGAGGAUUGCUUAGCUUUGAAUGUCUACACAACCAAGCUCCCUGAGGGUUUCUUGGCUACCGGUGACAAAGAAGCACCUGGUAACAAUGGGCUGAAAGAUCAGGUGUUGGUAUUAAAGUGGGUUCAGAAAUAUAUUGAGUCAUUUGGAGGUGAUCCCAAUUCUGUAACUCUACUGGGAUACAGUUCUGGAAGCUGGAGUGCUAUACUACACAUGCUAUCUCCAAUGUCUAAAGGUUUGUUCCAUAGAGCAAUUGCUAUGAGUGGGUCACCCUUGGGUAUCUAUCCCAUACCAUCUGAGCAAGUUCAUUUGGCCAAACACCAAGCACACCUUUUGGGAUGUUCUGACGACUCAUCUGAAAAACUAAUACAAUGUUUGAAGACCAAACCCGCAAAAGAAAUUGGAGAUUCACUCCUAGGUUUCAGAGAGUUUGGUUUGGACCCCAUUCUAAUUUGGUCACCAGUAGUGGAACCUGAUGUUGGACAAGAAAGGUUUUUGACUGACGACCCCAUUCAUCUCAUAAAGAAAGGACAGAUCUUGACCAAAGUGCCACUCAUAAUUGGACAAACCAAGGAUGAGUUUGCGGCUAAUGCUUUCACUGUCGUUAAUAAUGAAACUUUAACUAAGGCGAUGAACGAACAUUGGGAGGAAGUUGCACCCAUCGCAUUCAUCUACGAGAGAGGCACUGAUCACUCGAUUAAAGUCAGCAAAGCUAUUAGGAAGUUUUAUUUGAGCGAUAAGCCUGUGGAUAAGAGCCAAGUAGAAAACCUUGCAAAGAUAUACACAGAUGCUUUAGAGGGCUUCCCUAUUAACCGAGCUGCAAAGCUUAUGGUGGAACAUAACAAAGGGCCAGUCUAUUACUACCGUUUCAGCUUCACAGGAAAAUACAGCCAUUUCUAUCUACCAGAUACCAAUAACACUGUUCCUCAUGGAGCUGCACACCAUGACGACUUGAUGUACCUAUUCCACAUUGGUUUUGCCUUCCCACAGUUUACGUCUAAGAUUCAUCCAGCGGAAGAUAAAAUGGUGAACAAGCUCACCACUUUGGUUGCCAACUUUGCCAAAUCAAGCAACCCCACACCGACAACAGAUCCGGAAUUGGAUAAUGUGAAAUGGGAAACAUUUGACCUCAAGGAUCAGAAGUUCCUCGAAAUUGGCGAUAAGCUGGCCAUGAGUCAGAAAAUGUUUGAUGACCGUAUGAAAUUUUGGGAAACUCUGUAUCCAUUGGACAAGUGA